UGCGACGAACUACUUUGACUACAGAAGUGAUUACUCCACGUCAAAUGCAACGACGUGGUGGCGGUGGCGCUAGUGGUUAUCGUCAAACAAACAAUAGUCUGCCCAACUUUAAACCACGUAAUAUGAGUCAUCCAUCUCCGAAUGAUACAAAUAAUAUACGUAGUAAAAUCAAUCACCCAGUGGCGUCCACAUCGACUACCAACUUAAAUAUGAAUCAAGCUAGCGGUGGUGGUCUUUUACAUAAAUUACGUAAACAAUUCCAUUCUGGUCAUCAUCAUCUCAGGUAGUAGUAGUAGUAGUAGUAGUGCAAUGUUCCAAUCAUAAUUGUAUAAAUUCACCAUUGAACUUGUAAAUUAGUCCUCAUUCUUUCGGUUUUCUUUUCUGUUUUUUUUGAAACACAAACCAACAAAAUUCAUUUACACUGUGAUUGAAACUUUUCUUGAAAUUUAUUUUUACUCUGUGUGUGUGUGAAUUUUCUUUUUUGGCUAUAUCACACAUACACGCAUACACACACACACAAUGAACUAAUAUUCCAUGAGGUUCUUCUGUUUUUCGAUUGUACAUUGAAUUGUAAAAUAAGUACUUUGUAUGUAUGUUACACAAUAUAUAUUUCAUUUGUUCUCAUUAUCAACCUAAUUUACUUUUCUUUUUCCGUUGAAAAUUCUUCUCCAUCUAUGUAAACAAUCAUCCUAUUUGAAUCUGUAGCCACCAUUGUCCACUCAUCAUUGAUUACUUCUUUUCUGUUAUAACGCUUGUAUUGACUUGCUCUACACAGUGCUCCAUUCGACAUUCGAAUUAAGAAUGACAUAGUUUUAUCUCCUUUUGGUCGGAAUUGGAAAAGGGAAGAAGCCCAGGGGCUAGAGAAAGUUGGAGAACACUGGUCGGCGGCUUAUGCUUCAUUGAGGAUGACAGGCGUAAAUAAGUAUCUCCUGAUCACAUGUAGUUUUCAUCAACACACCUGACAAUUUAUGUGAUAUCAACGGAUGGCGAAAGUACAUGUGUGUCAUGUCAUGUCCAAUACCUGUCUGACUAUCUUUAGCGUGUGUGUGUGUGUGUCUGUGUUAUGUGUUUAGGUUAUUUGUUAAAUAACCAAUCAAAAUCUUCCUUUGCUAUUUAUUUACACACAUCAUUUUGUACAUGGCGCGCGGUUUGAUGAAAAUGUUCACGCUUCUAGUCCUACAUAAAUACAUUUUUUUUAAAAAAAUUCACCAUAUGAUUUAAUAAUGCUAGGUUUUUGUUUUUCUUUUCUAACUCAUAAAUCUUUAAUUCAUUCUAACAAAAAAAAACAUGCUUUCAGGAAUCAAGACAGCC